CUUCUUCAUUACCAAAUUAACAAAUCUCAACAUUUUAAAUUCUUCUAAAUCUUCUUCUUCAAUGGCGACGGGAAAGAGUUACUACGCUAGACCUAGCUAUCGAUUUCUCGGCACCGAUCAGCCGUCUUACUUCACCGCUUCCGAUUCAGGUCUCGAAUUCGACGAAUCCGAUCUCUACAAUCCAAUCCACUCCGAUUCACCAGAUUUUCGCCGUAAAAUCUCUUCAUCAGCCAGAUCUGGUAAAAAACCGUCGAAUCGUCCCUCCGCCGCUUCCUCCGCCGUAGCAGCGUCGUCGCUUCCCGUAAACGUACCGGACUGGUCCAAGAUUCUCCGGGAAGAAUACCGCGAUAACCGCCGGAGAAGCAUCGAGGAUAACGACGACGAUGAUGAUAACGAAGACGGAGGCGGUUGGUUGCCGCCGCAUGAGUUUCUGGCGAAGACGAGAAUGGCUUCGUUCUCGGUACAUGAAGGAGUUGGGAGGACAUUGAAAGGAAGAGAUCUGAGUAGGGUUCGAAAUGCAAUUUUUGAAAAAAUUGGGUUCCAAGAUUAAAUAUUUGGAGUUUUCCUUUAAUUUUUGGCUUACUUCAAUCAUUUUCUCAAGUAACUGUCAGAGAAGAGAGAGAGCAUGUAAUAUUUCUAGAAAUGCCCUCCAUUUAUCGUUAUAUUCCGAAAAUCUUACCCAUGUAAUUUUUUUUUUAACUUUUGAGAUUUUAUCACAUUUUGCGUAAUGAGUAAUAGAUAAUGUUUUCUUUU